AACGCACCGCAACAAAGCACGCACGCGUUUCAACGGGGCACUGGGCACAAGUGAGCAGGUCUUGGGAGGCAGCUUUGGGAGGCAAUUGAAAGGUUGAGAAUCUUGCCUGUGCAGGUUGCCCAACCAACGGUCAGCAGAUGGAGAGGAAGAAGAGGGCCGCACAACCGGUCGCCUUUUCACUGAAGACGGACGGGAAGAGGCAGCGGCGGUCGCCGGCUUCAGCGGUCACUGGUCGGGAAGCUGUCCCGUUCUCGGCAUUCGACGACCCGGACGACGAACAGAACGGAAACUCGUUCCUAGACGACCCGACAUACUCCCUCGCACGUGCCGGAAGCGCCCCGCUCCUAGUAGAUCCCGCGACCCAGUUCCGCAAACUCACAAAGGAAGGGUCAACGCUCGCCGAAGCUGGAAGAUAUGCUGAUGCGCUCUCGCGUUGGUCGCAAGCCCUAAGCCUUGUGGACUCUCUUUCUAAGUCCCUUCAAACGGCGCUAAAAUUCAAUGUGCCUUUGGAAACAUCCUAUCUACGUGAGAUGCGCGCUCAAACUUUCAUGGCGCGGCGAGAGUGGUUUCGCGCCGUCAAGGAAGCGGAGGAGGUUGUGAAGGUUUUGCCGGAAUGGGUUGUAGGGUGGCAGACGCUGGGAAGGGCGCAGAUGGGGUUCGGGGAGCCUGCGUUGGCUGUGACGUCUUUUCAGCGAGUGUUGGAUCAAGAGAGCGGGAAGGAAGAUGAGCUGGAGACCAUAAGGGAGGUGAGGGAGGAGGAUAUGCCUUUUGCGAAGAGGAUGGUGGAAAAGUUGAAGGAGGAAGGUCUGUUGCAUGCCCGAGUGGAGGAAGCUGAGUGAGAAUGGAAGUCACUGGGCAACGCCGCAGGAGCCGUUGUCUAUACAGCGUCUUAUUUUUGGGGGCUGGCGUAUCGAAGGCCAUUAAAUCAGAUUGCAAACGGAAGCAAAGUGGGCUAUUACGCCAAUGUAGUAAAAAAUG